AUGGAGAGCCCAGAGUCAGCUCACUCUCUGGAUCAAUACAGCCAGCGAUACUCCAUCCAUGGGAUCAACCACAUCUGUAACCGCUCAUCGAGCACCUUUCGGCGAAUCACAUGGACCGUCACCUUCACAGGGAUGUUGAUGUUCCUGUUCUAUUGCUGUGGUGUUCAAAUCCAGCUCUACCUUCGUAAGGAACAUGUCACCAUCCUGGAUGAGGUUCCUGGGAAGCUGAUGGAUUUCCCAUCUGUGACCAUCUGUAAUUUGAACAUGGCCCGAAGGUCCCGACUUACCAGGAACGACCUGCAUUGGGUGGGUCAGAUGCUGGGAUUCUUCAAGCAAGGGCAGGAGGUGACAGAGGAAAGCCUGAAUGAGGAGCUCCAUUUCCUGAGCGCAGAGAACAGGCAGUGGCAACAGAAACUGCUGCGUGAGAGACAUUCCGAGCACCAACCGUUUGACAUGGAGGAGUUCCAGGACAGAGCUGGUCACAGCCUAAAUGAUAUGUUGCUUCGCUGCAGUUACAGCAAGAAAAAAUGUGAUGUUUCUGACUUCAGUGUUGUGAAAUCUAUGGCUUCAUUUUACGCAUUGCUCCGAAAUGAGAUUGGGAAAUUCGAGAAGCAUGUUCAGGAUUGUAGAGAGUCGUUUGAUCUGGGGACACUGAGCCAAUUUCUAGCAGCAUUGACUGAACCCAAUGCAGUGUGUGUUGACAGCCUGCAGCAAAUAAAGCAGCUGGCCAGGCAGCAAGGUAAGAACAAGGUCCUGCUCAAAGGCAGUAGCUCCGACGCUGGUGAAUACGCCUCAUGGCUCUGCACCUACAUGGACUACCUCCGAGCUCUAAAGGAGACAUUCGAUGACAAAGUUAUUAUCCCUCUCUGUGAAGAGCUGUAUGUUAAUGAGGACACAGGAAACCCCAGAGUUUACAAUGAUUCCUCCAACUGCUCCUCUUCAUUAUCAUCACAAGCCAGCUCCCAGGAGCAGAAGUGGCGGGAGAGAGCUUCUGGGAACUGUCUGGUAGGCCAGCACAAGGUGCAAAUGGACUCAAUCCCGAAGAUUGCAAAGGAGCUGUUUAAUGUGCGGAGGAGGUGGGCCCUGCUCCUGACUGAUGACACCAUCAGAACUGAGUACUUCACACUACAGAGUAUUACUGAUCUCCACAGGACAGACACCCCCAAACAUCUGAACAAGGUUUUACAGUUGGUACCUGAUAUUUUCUGCAAAUGUUUAUUGACGGCAGAUUUGGCGAGACAAUGGUUGGAGCUCCACGAAUGUAGGUAUGGUGAACUGACUCUCCCAGUCCCUGUAAUAGACAGCAAUGGGCAGAGAACAAGCGCUCUGUUCCUGGAUGGGGAGAAGGAGUUGUCAGUGCAUGAGAACAUGCAAGGAAUGGAAUCCAAGAAAAAUGAACAACUUCAACCAAUGUCUCAGGAGUCUUCGGAAGAGCUUGAUGAUCUCAGUUGUGAGAAGACGAGAUUAGGAAUGGAUGAGGAAGAACUUCAUUACCUUUUCAGGAGAGAGAAGCAUGUGAGAAACCUGGAGAGACAGACCCAAGAGUCAGGGUUCAGAGUUCAUGACCUUCAGUUGCAGCUGGAACAUGUUAGGCAGGAAAUGGAACAGAUUCGUCAAAGGCAGGAGGUUGAGGAAAGGAAUAAUGGGAGGCCUUACUCAAACCACAGGCUCAUCGAGGAGCUGGAGAGAAAACUGAGGCUGGAAAAGUACAGGUACAGGAUACUGGAAGCUGAUUGGCUGCUGCAGCUGGAAAUUGAACCCGAUGUGAUUCGCCACAUGGAUCUGUUACAAAAUCAACAGGAGAAAUACAAGAGAUUGGAAAGAGAGAAGACUUAGCUGAGGAACUGCACAUAGUGACACUCACUGGGGUACAG